CGCGCUGAGAUUCUGUCCGCCGAUUGUCCCUUUCCCUGCCCCUGUGGAGCGAGGAUGCAAGUCGCGCCGUUCGAAUGUGGGUAUCAACAGUGAUGUGGAAACAAAUUGGAAAUUUUCAUCGACCCUCCUAACCGACUCAAAUGUGGCUCAAGUGUCAUUUAUUCACAGCAUCAUGAUAGCAGCAGCAAGACCUGCGAUACCAGCCAGGCCGUUCACAGCUACUGUCGCCAUGGGCACAGCUGCACCUGUGGCGCUAGAUGCCCCUGACGAAGCGGCCGACGAUGCACCAGAUGCAGCAGACGAAGCGCCCGAAGCGGCAGAACUAGUGGCGCUGGCCAGAUGCGAAGAUGCAGAACUGGCGAGAGAGGAUGCAGAGGCUUCAGCGGACGAGGCAGCGCCCGAGGCAGCAGAGGAGGCCGAUGAGAUUUGGGAGGAAAGAGAAGCUGAGAGGGACGAGGCAGAUCCGCUUGCGCCAGAGGCGGCCGAAGAUGCAUGACUUGAAGCCGAGGACUAAAAACCCAUGGUGGAUGUGCCCACGACCGUGGUGAAUUUGCUGCCUGCACUGUCGGUGCCAGUCGAGAACAGGGUUUCGGUCGAAAUGGGAGUCGAAGAACCGCCGUUGCCUCCUGAACCUGCACCAACUGCGCUAAAG